CAUGUCUCUUAAGCUCUUCAUACUAGUGCUAACGGUAGCACUUUUUGUAACGAUGCCCUUAAAACCGGUAAGCGGCUCUGCAGUUCUAAUAUCCGAUAUAACAAUGACAGUAAUGGUGGAAUUAUCAUCACGCUAUCCAUUCUGUAAAAUGCAUACAGAUCGAGGUGAUAUACAACGUAUGUUAUUAAAUUCCGAUCCCAGACGUAUAAGACAAGUACCAAGAGAAUCGGUAAUGGAACUAGAAGAAGUAUGUUUAAGUGCCGGUUCUCAAGGGCCAGAGUUUCGAGGAAGUUUAGGUUUUAUAUAUCCGGGAACUAAAUGGUGUGGACCGGGUACCGCUGCUACCGAUUACAAUGACUUGGGCUAUCAUGCCGAUGAGGAUCGCUGUUGUCGGGAACAUGACAACUGUCCGAAUGUCUUAAAUGUGGGAGAAUGUAGGCGUGGUCUAUGCAAUACCGGUACAUUUACAAGAUCCCAUUGUGAUUGUGAUGCCCGCUUAAGACGUUGUCUGCAGUCACUUAAUACCGAAACUGCUAAUACCUUGGGCGCUAUAUUCUAUAAUGUAGUACAAGUGACCUGUUUCCAGGAACGCAGUCCCUGUUCGGCACGUCAAAGAGCUGGCUACAAUCAAACCGAACAAGAUCAAAUCUGUGCCAAAUGGCAAUAUCAACCAUCUGAAAAAUAUGUACCCAGUGCUCCGGGUCAUAAUUAAACUUUAAAACCAACAUAUAGAAACGUAUCAAAUCUGAACGAUUAAACACCGCAAUUUACAACGAAUCUAAUUUAUUUUCGAAGACAAACGAUGAUAUUUUGUCAAAUAUUUUUAUAAUAAAAUAAC